GUGCUGGAAGUGGCCUCAGGGGAGCUGACUCAAAAUCUUACUUCUACUUGUGUGAACUUGGGCAAGUCCUUUCUCCUCAGUUUUCCUGUCCUGGAUGAGAUCUCUUAAGCCUCUUCUCUCUAAAUCCAGGAUCCUGUGAAUUUCCAGUCCUUCCCAGUACUAACUCUACAACCUUAUGAAGAGGACAAAUCUUAAUAGGAUCUCGACCAUUUUACGGUAGAUUUUGAUUUUGGAUCUACCGUAUUAUAUUGAAAAUAUAAGAAAAUAAAUGCGACUCAGGAUAAAGAUGGGUUUGGGAGGGAAUGGGAAGCUGAGAAGAUUUCUAGCUUUUGGGUGAGGGUCAUCAAGGCGAGGUUCAACCAAUUUCGGACAAUAUGGCCCCAGUCCGGCCUUGACCCCAAACGGGCAGGGCAGGAGACUUCUGACCCCGGCCCCUAGGCUCGAGACAAACUGCCCAGCGCCCAAAUCCCCUGCUUCUCUGAUUCUCUCCGGAAGGUAGGGCAAGGGUGGGGUAAUGGGUGUGGUCAGAGGCGGGACCUAAAGUGCGAGGUGCCUUCGGGGAGGAGCCGUCCCCACGGCGUCAUUUCCAGCGACUCCCCUCACGUCAUCUACCACCGUCACUUCCUGCCAGCGCUGGAGUGGACCGUGCUGGCGGCGCCCGGCUCGGCGCUCCCCUCUCCUUUUCUCCCUCCCUCCCUCCCUCCCUUCCUCCUCUUCCUCCUCCUCCUCCUCCUCUCCCUCCCUAGGCAGCUAGAGCCCACCCCGCGCUGACCCACCUCUCCGCACGGAGGCCGCUCCUGACCUCAGCGCCUGCCGGAGCAGCUCCUUCCUCUUUCCCUCCGCCUAGCCCCCCGGUGUCGGGACCAGGGCCUUCCCUGGAGUGGCCGGAGCUUCAGCCGCCCCGCAGGAGCAGCCGCCUGAGGACAUCAGCGACCCCUCGGCGCCUCCCUGCAGCCGCCCGCUGAGGCGCUGCCGCUCCUGCCACCGCCGCCAUGGCGAUGAGGCAGACUCCGCUCACCUGCUCCGGGCACACGCGGCCUGUGGUGGAUCUGGCCUUCAGUGGCAUCACUCCCUAUGGCUAUUUCCUAAUCAGCGCCUGCAAAGAUGGUAAACCUAUGCUACGCCAAGGAGAUACAGGAGACUGGAUUGGAACAUUUUUGGGUCAUAAGGGUGCUGUAUGGGGUGCAACACUGAAUAAAGAUGCCACAAAAGCAGCUACAGCAGCUGCAGAUUUUACAGCCAAAGUGUGGGAUGCUGUUUCAGGAGAUGAACUGAUGACCUUGGCUCAUAAACACAUUGUCAAGAGUGUGGAUUUCACUCAGGAUAGUAACUAUCUGUUGACAGGUGGACAGGAUAAACUUUUACGCAUAUAUGAUUUGAACAAAUCUGAAGCAGAACCUAAGGAAAUCAGUGGUCACACCUCUGGUAUUAAAAAGGCUUUGUGGUGUAGGGAUGAUACACAGAUUCUUUCAGCUGAUGACAAAACUGUCCGCCUCUGGGAUAGAGCAACGAUGACAGAAGUAAAGUCUCUAAAUUUUAAUAUGUCAGUUAGCAGUAUGGAAUAUAUUCCUGAAGGAGAGAUUCUGGUAAUAACCUAUGGGAGAUCUAUUGCAUUUCAUAGUGCAGCAAGUUUGGAGCCAAUUAAAUCCUUUGAAGCUCCUGCUCCCAUUAAUUCUGCAUCUCUUCAUCCUGAAAAAGAAUUUCUUGUUGCGGGUGGUGAAGAUUUUAAGCUUUAUAAAUAUGAUUAUAAUAGUGGAGAAGAGUUAGAAUCCUAUAAAGGGCACUUUGGUCCUAUUCACUGUGUGAGGUUUAGUGCUGAUGGAGAACUUUAUGCUAGUGGUUCUGAGGAUGGAACAUUGAGACUAUGGCAGACUGUGGUAGGGAAAACAUAUGGCCUUUGGAAAUGUGUGCUUCCUGAAGAGGAGAGUGGAGAGCUAGCAAAACCGAAGAUCAGUUUUCCAGAGACAACAGAAGAGGAACUAGAGGAUCUUGGCUCAGAAAAUUCAGAUUCCAUCUAUAGCUCAACCCCUGAAGUGAAGGCCUGAGCAUCUAUCUGGCAUAUACCACAGAUGAUAUGCAACAUGUGGACUAAAACAAACAAGCAGCAAUUAGAAGCCUUACAGAGUUACCCUCUACAUAAGGCAAACACGGGCAGUAAAUGAUGGGGAUUGGGAUAGUUAGCUCCAUUGUUGGAACUAACUUGGUGUUGUCGCUAAGUGAAAACUGAGAAUAUCAAAAGAUGGCAAGUAGAAUUGUGCUCAUUUAGUCCAUUAUCCUACUGCCUUUUUGAAUGAAUAUGUGCAAGCCAACAUCCAAUUUCUCCUAUUUCAAUUAGAUUUCUUAUAGCCAUUUUACUUUAUUAUGGAGAAAAAAAAUGUAAUGGCCUAUUUUACUGACUUUUUUUUUCUAAAAGCAGAAAGACUUUUGCUUUAGUUGUAAAGAAGGGAGUACAUGAUAAAGUAUUUGGUUUGAUUUCUCUUUCAUUGUACACUGCUUCUGAACAUCUAAUUGUUUUCAGUUGUCUAAAUAAAAUGCCUCUACAACA